AUGAGCCUCCUACCAUCUACCACCUACCAAUCUCCACCCCGGCUGGGCCGUGGUCGGCAGCUUAAUACUAUUCUCGAGGAAAAAGAAGACGCAAGUCAGGGGCUGAAAAGCGACAGUGAGGGAGAUGGGAGCGAUUCAACCGUAAUUGGCCGCCCGGCAGCAUGGGAUCCGGCUCUGUUUACCAUCUCUGCUCGCAAGAGCUCGCUCGCCAAAUCGACCUACCUGUCCUCUCCGGUCUCUUCUUGUGGCCCCUCCCCUGCCAGCAGCGCUGGUGAAGGCUACCAACGAGAUUCAAACCGAAGUUCUCUCGCUGGUAGCGACUCAGGCACUGUCUUCAGUGACGACUGCCCGUCUCUGGCCAGCGACCCGACGAGCUUUGCCUCGGAAUCCAGUAGGAACAGCUUUGCCAGCGAGAAGUCUAGCCGAAACCGCUACCCUGCUCUGAUCAUACCCAGAGACUCAUGGGGGUCGAUGGAUGCGAGCCCGAUCAAGGAGAUCACCUUCGGCAUGUCUCCUGCCACCAAAAUUCGGCUUUCCCCCGGUGCACUUUCUGCUCUCCCAAGAGAUGUCCCAGCCAUCAAUGCCCCACCGUCGCUCGGAGACAGCAGCAGUUCGAUCUCGGACUCACCUUGCAACACGCAGACCAGUGCUCCCGUCACUCCGGACAUGAGACAACUUGAGAUUGCGGAGGGAGACAGCUGGGGAGGUCCACCACCGACCAAUCUUGAAUCACAGCCUCUGGAAAUAGCGCUUGACGACGAUCACAGUGUGAUCCUGUCGCCAGCGGAAGCCCACUCCAACAACUCCUUUGCCAGCCUUGUGUCCCCAGCAGCCUUCACCGAGAUGAUUGUCAGUUUCCCGACGGUGCCAGGCGCUACACCACAGGAUCUGUCGCCUCUCAUGCCCUCUCUUGAUGAGCUCAAGAAAUUCGAGGAUAAGCCGCCUUCCAAUGGAUCCGACGUUGGGGUGAGGCUUCCUGCAGAGGCGUUGCAGCUACUUCAGCUUCUGGCCGGGCAGAGGAGCAGGGACGAUAGUAGGUCGACAAGUUCUGGCAGCUCCCGGCGGACGAAGAGAUCUGGGAAACGACAAGAAAUGCGCGAAUUGACUGAUCCAGAGCCCAUUAGUCGACCACGCAGCGCAGACGGAGAGACUCCAGUAUCUGACUAUAGCUUCUCGCAGCUGAGCAUUCCGUCGCCGGGAGGCUUCUUUUCUUCCCUGCAAAAUGGCUCACGACACACCUGGUGUCUCGCCAAAUCCAAAGGGCCAAGCCUGCCAAAUACCGCUACCGCGGAGAUGUUCUAUAAUCGGCCUUGGGAGAACAGCUCAAGGGACAAUGUCGUUGAGACAGUGCUGACGGUCGACGACACAAAUUUGACCGAAGGUCCGCCGACAGCAAAGCAGGCCACUUUCGAUCUAGGAGCACCGGGAAAACGUAAGAGUCAGCAGUCCGAAGACGACGACUUGUACGGUCCCUCCGCUGGUCCCGGCGUCAGUCCCAAAAAGACAUCUGAAGCGGUAACGGUCAACUACGAAUACGACGAGAAGUACUACGAGGACCUCAAAAAGACUGCAGGCCAGAAUCUGGACCGGACUGGAUCCUGGCUCGCCGCACAAACAGGCUAUUUGUCUGCGAUCCUGGACUCUGACCCUAACGAGGAGGACGCUGACAACACUGAACCUGUCGAUGACAAGGCUACCAAGGGGGCACGUCGGACAGUCAUGUUCGCUGACAAGACCACGAUAGACACAGCAGUGGUUGUGGCUCGUCCAGAGAAGGGCAGUCCCGAUAGCGAACCUGAAACGAAGGAGCCCAUCUUUCUCUCGGCGUUCCAGCAUCUCGUCGCCGUCCGCAAACGCCGGGAUGCUUUCAUCCAUUCAUCCUCCCGCCUUGACGCGAUACAAGCUAUUCGUAUUGCCCUACCGGAAAAGCACAUCAGCAAUCUCCUUGGCCAGCACACCCUGAUCGACCCAGCACGGCCGAAGUAUUCUGGUCCAUUCAGCCAAAAUCCUCGACAGACUGGCGUGUUCGAGCACACGGCCGAGCAAAUCGCCUAUCGGGCCGUUGAACGCGAGCAACUCGCGCUUGCGUCUGUCGAGCCCUCGAAUUGGCAGAUCGAUGCUCUGAGGGCCGUGUUCAGUGGCCGCCUGCUCGCCUCUGAGGCAGCUUGUCAGAGGCUGAAAACCAAAGCCACGGUUCCGUUGGAUGAUCCUGCAUGUGUUGGAAGCAAGCGACUACGCAUUCUCGAUCUUGGCGGCACAGCUUCUGCGUCGUGGGCGUGGAACGCCGCCUUGGAGUGGCCGAAUGUCAAAGUCUACACGGUCAUCACCAAGGAUCAGGCACGGUCUCAACGACCAGCCGGGAUGGCCAAGCCUGAAGCUCCAGCAAACCACCGCACCAUCUCUGUCCCGCAUCUCUGGCAGCUGCCCUUCCGUAGCGGCCACUUCGACGUCAUCUCGGCACGCUCACUGCACGUCCUUCUCAAGAACAAUCCGGUCCCUGGCGUGCCCGAGAUCGACGAGUGGGAUCUGACUCUUCGAGAAUGUAUGCGGGUGCUGAAACCACACGGGUACCUCGACUACAUGGUCAUGGAUUCAAGCAUCGCACACGCAGGGCCCAGGGCGGAAGCCAUGUCGGUAGAGUUCGGGUUCGAACUCCAUCGGCGCGGCUACGAACGCGAAGCGGCUCGAAGCUGGCUCCGACGGUUAAAGAAAGAGGGCUUCAUCGGCGUGAAGAGAGCUUGGAUCUUCAUGCCUAUGGGACAAAGGCCGCCCAAGGAGACAGAGGAGCAACCCAACGGAUACACGGGAGGGUGGCAGUCCUGGCGGCAAGGAGGAAAGCCCUUUGUCCCGGCACCGCGUCCAAUCAGCGAAGUCUCGACCAUCAGCAAGAUCGUCAAACAAUACAUGGACGUGGAGGCAGUGCAAGGGCCCGUUGGCAGCACGCAGGAUGUCGCAGACCUGACUGGCCUCCUUGGCGCGCGCAUGUGGGAGGAGUGGCUGGUCAAAGUGCGGGCGGAGUCGGGCAGAGAACAGAGCCGGUGGCUCGAGGGCGUGGACGAGGUGAUUGAAGAGGGCAAGGAGCAGGGUUCCGGGUGGAAAGUGUUGAUCGGCUGGGCAAGGAAGCCCAAGCCGCCCAAGUCCAAGAGGAGUGAGAGGGCCGAGAUCACGGUGGCGAUUGAGGAUAUGGCUGAGUUGAGUCCCGUCGAUGAGGAGAUGGAGAUGGGCAUGAUUCCCAUGGUGAUUGAAGAAUGA